AUGCCCGGUCGUCUUCGUCUCAACAACAAAGUCUGCAUCAUCACUGGCGGUGGAGGUGGUAUAGGUCUCGAGACCGGACUCCAGUUCGCAGCUGAGGGAGCUCGGGUCCUCCUCUCAGACAUCAACGGGACGUCCGUCGCCAAAGCGGCUGAGAUUCUUCGAUCCCAGUUCCCCGACGCAGAGGUCGACAGCGUCAAGUGCGAUGUGAGCAAGGAAGCGGACGUCAAGGCGAUGGUGGACAGAGCAGUGGAGAAGUGGGGAAGGUUGGAUGUUCUGUUCAACAAUGCUGGGAUCAUGCACUCUGCCGAUGACGACGCGAUCAACACCGAGGAGAAGGUCUGGGACUUGACCCAGGCGAUCAAUGUCAAGGGUGUCUGGUACGGCUGCAAGCACGCAGUGUUGGCUAUGCGUCAGAACAAGGCAGAUGAGGAGAAGGGUCUCUCAGCCGGCGGAUCCAUCAUCAACGUCGCUUCUUUUGUGGCUAUCAUGGGCGCCGCCACUCCUCAGCUUGCCUACACGGCCUCCAAGGGCGCUGUACUUGCUAUGACCCGUGAAUUGGCUAUGGUUCACGGUCGGGAAGGCAUCAGGUUCAACGCUCUAUGCCCCGGCCCUAUCCGUACCCCCCUCCUCAUGGACUACCUCAACACCCCCGAGCUGCUCAACAGGCGGCUGGUCCACAACCCGAUGGGCCGAUUCGGCGAGGCCGUCGAGCAGGCCAAGGCUGUCGUAUUCUUGGCAUCUGACGACUCGAGCUACAUCAACGGAACGGACUUCUUGGUGGAUGGUGGUCUGCACGCGUGCUACGUUACUGCCAGCGGCGAGCCCACAUUGCCCGCACCGAAGGGUCUUGCGCCGCACUCGUAA